AUGGGCCGGGAAGGGAAGCAGCGCAAGCUCAAGCGCGCCAAGGCGGAGAAGACGGCGUCGAAGAAGAACCGCGGGUCGCAUGCCCUCGGCGUCGAUAUGCGCAAGCUGCGCGAGCAGCUAGCGCGCCUCGAGCUGCAGUUGGUGACGAUGGAAGCCGACGGCAACUGCUUGUUUCGCGCGCUGAGCGACCAGCUGCACGGCGACCAGACGCACUUUCCCGUGAUUCGCAAGGACAUUGUACAAUACAUCAAAGACCACCAAGACGAUCUCGAGCCGUUCAUGGAAGACGAGGAAGCUCUGGGCGGCAACUUGGAGCUCUACGUCGCGUCGUUGCUCUGGCAGCGCCACAUUGUCGUCCACCAGGUCGAUGGCAAUCGCACGACCAUCGACUGCGGCCACGCCAAGGCACGGGCGUGGCACGUGUGCUACUACAACGACGAGCAUUACGACAGCAUCCGCAGUGUCGACGACGACUUGAUGUCGACGCCGCUGCCGCUUCCACCGCCCGUCACCGAGACCGGUGCCGACACGAGUGCGCAGCGCGAGAGAGACCUCAAGGCCCUUCGCACGGACUUCCCCACGAUGGACACGGACGAAUUGGAGUCUCUCUUUGAGCAGCUGCAGUGUGAUCCGGCCAAGCUGCGGCAAAAGCUGUCAGCCAAGACAAAGAAAGCUAAGCACAUGGUCAAGAUGAAGAAGCGGCGAUAG